CAACUUCCGGUUUGUCGGCGCUAUGUUUUGAUUUAGAAAUGACAUUGGAUAUGAAAAACAACGUAUUCUGGUCAAAUUUUGGUAAAUGUGCAUCCUAUUAACGAAAAAUUCGCAUUUCAAAGGAAAAACGCGCAUAAGAUAUGGACAGUAGUGGGGAAUCUGCUGAUGCUUACAUACCAGGUCUUUCUAAAAAAGGAAAUCGACGUCCUCGUAUCAGAUGUAAGAAAACAUUAGAAAUAAAACCAAAGAUUCCUGUAAAGCAGCCUCAGGUCGAGACCUACACACCAAGAAUGAAACAAAUGUCUUCCUGUAGUUCAGAUGACACAUUGGAGAGUAGAAUGAACAAAGAAAAUAAAAGACAGACAAAUAGAGUUUCUCUGAAAGAUCUGUGUGCUGAAGAUAAAAAGAGAGUUGCCAACCUGAUUAAGGAGCUUGCAAGGGUUGGAGAUGAAAAAGAGAAAUAUCUUGGACAAUUAAAGGAGGAGAGAGAAAACUUUGAAGUACAGGUUUUAAACUUGGUGCAGCAACAGGAACAGGCGCUGAAAGAAAGGGAGGAAGUACAAGAAAGAUUAUUUCAAUGUCACGAACUGUUAUCUAAAUAUCAGGACCAGAUCCUAGAAAAGGAAGAGAAACUUAAUGAAUCACUCAGGGAACAAGAGCUGUCACCUGGUUUGACCCAGCAUCCAUUCCGACUCAUAAAGAAUGGUCAAAGUUCUCCAUUCAGUCAGAGGUCAUUGUCGCCUGCCUCCUACCAAGGGAGAUCACCGAGGACUCAACCGAUGGAGCGUAGAUACAGUCGAGAGGAAGUCAAAGCGCGGGUAGAAAGACCAGUCACGUCUAUGAUCGAUAAAGAAAUAGCCAUGCACAAAUCAUAUGAGGUUCCUAGUACCAUCAUUGGAGAAUCAACCAAUCAUAGACGAGAACCAUUAAAAUCCACACUUCCCAGAAACUUCAGGGACCCCAUAAUGUCCAGUACGCACAAAAGCAUGGAAAUUCAUCCAUACAUCACUGAAUCACAAGAUUUAAUUCCCCUUAUACCAGAUACAAGUCCAAGGUCAUCUAGAAGUCAAACACCAAGAAGUUCAAGGCUGGAUGCACAACAGAAAAAUAAGGUUGGUUUUAAAGACAAGUUGGAAUCUGAUGAGAAUUUACAGUAUUCCCCAAAUCUCCAUCAGAGUCACAUAGGAGAUAGAGAGUACAUGAAAUACUACAAAAAACUGAAACCGGGUCAACGGAAGCGGGAACUACUGAGUCAGAGAGAAAAACUCAUGGAGGAACAAAACAGGUUACAGGAGGUGCUCCGUGAACAGGAGAGACAAUUACAAGACAGACAAAAACAGUUGAUUGAAAAACGAAAAAUGCAGCAUGAGAGGAUAAAUUCAUUGGAAGAAAAAAUAGCACUAGGCCAACAGGAGGACGGCAGUGUGUUUAAUGGAAGGGUAGAUAAGUUAGACUUUGACAAGCCUCUGAGUGAAGUAGAUGAGGAUGAUAUACCCAAUGAAGCAGCUGACAUGGUAGAACAAGGGAGAAUUUCACGUCAUUCCAUCGCCACUUCACCCCUUCCUCGUACCCUACCUCGUACCCCACCUACAGCAGAAAAAGGUACUAGUAUAUCUAGAAUGGAAUGUUCCGUCCAAGCUAACAUUCCUAUCACCCCUCCUAGAGUUGAUAUUGGAACCAGCAUCAGUAGAAUGGAAUAUCCUAACCUAGCAGACGACAUCCUACACACCCCUUCUAGAUAUGAUGUUGGUACCAGUAUUUCUAGAGUGUUACAGCCCAGUAACUAUGGUGAUCAGCUAACACCUACCAAAAGGGAUGUAAACAAAUUUAUAGAUAAGAUGACAGAAGUCACAUCAAAUCUGGCGGCCAUGAGUCCAGGGUCUCCUGGUCUUAGUAGACAGGGUAAUUUGCCCUUACCUGCCAAUAGAGGACGGAGUAAUUUAUCACCUGCUGUAAAAGUUCCAGGGGACAAAACAUUAUCAGUAGUUGACAUAGUUAACUCCCUUGAUGAAGAUCUGUCCAGUCCUCUCCUGUCUGGGAGCUACCACAGUCCUAACCUUAAAUCUAUCAGCAAGGUUACCAGUCUAGAAGGAAGACUGAAAACCAGUCCUAGAAUCCCUAGCUCAUUAACUCGUAAAUCUGUCCGUGACCAGAACUUGUAUGACGAUGACAGCACUAUAGAGGAGCAGGAAGAAAGUCAUAUCUUAGAGGAUAUUUUCUUCUUAAAAUAAUCUGACAAAAAUAUUCCACUAAAAACUUUUGUCAGGAAUUAUAUAGA